AUGUCUACAUCCAAAGUACUCCUCGUCCUCGGAGCCGGCGGCAACGUCGGAGCAAGCGUUGCCAGCUCGUUUGCAAAGAACGGCUACAAAGUCGCUAUCGCAGCUCGACGACUUUCUGAUGCGGUCGACGACGAUGGAAACCUGCAGAUCCAGGCAGACCUGUCGAAGCCGGAAACUGUAAAAUCCUCGUUCGACAAGGUCACGGCCAAGUUCGGACCGCCGAGUGUUGUCGUGUACAAUGCUGCCAGCGCCCAGCCAGUCCCGGCGGAAAGUCCUCUUGACCUGCCGCUGGAAGCGUUCAACCGAGAUAUCGCGGUCAACACCGCCAGCGUCCUGGUCGCCGCCCAGAAUGCAGUCGAAGGCUUCAAGAAGCUACCCAAGGGCACUGCAGGAACGUUCAUCUUCACUGGCAAUUUCUUGAACGUCAAGACCAUGCCUUUCUUGGUCAGCGGGGGCAUAGGGAAGGCAGCAACCGCCCAUCUGCUACAAGUCGCUUCGCAGGCGUACGCCCCUCAGGGAUUCCGCUUCUAUUUCGCAGACGAGAGGAAGGCGGAUGGUAGCGCCGCCUUCCGUGACAUCAGCGGGCCCAAUCAUGCGGAGCACUAUCUCAGUCUCGCCAAGAGCACGGAGAACCAGCCGUGGUGGCAGACCUUCGUCGGCGGCCAGGGUUACAAGCAUUUCCCGGAGAAGUUGUGA